UUUAUUAUUGCGGCCGUGCCCCUUAUGAAUGAGGACGUCUUUGGGAACUACUAUGGACGUAAUGGGGUCUGCUUUCCCCUGCACUCUCACAGGCAAGAAAAACCUACUGCCAAAGGAUAUUCCACAGGGAUUUUUCUGGGUCUAAACCUGGUGGCUUUCCUGGUGAUUGUAUUCUCCUACUCCAGUAUGUUCUGCUCCAUCUAUAAAACCAGCAUCAAUGCCACCGACCUGAGGAGCAGACUGCACAGAGAUGAGGCUGUGGCCAACAGGUUUUUCUUCAUAGUGUUCUCUGAUGCCCUCUGCUGGAUUCCUAUAUUUUUGGUGAAAGUCCUCUCACUGCUGGAGGUGGAGAUACCUGGCACUAUCUCCAGCUGGGUUGUCAUCUUCAUCCUUCCCAUCAACAGUGCCUUGAACCCCAUCCUGUACACCUUGACCACCAGCUUCUUCAGAGAGCAGGUGGAAGUUUUACUCUGUCACUGGCAGAGGAGACAUACAUUGAAGAAAGACAGCAAAAGCCUUACCUCGUCCACAAUCUUUAUGGAGACGUCACGGGGUCUGUGCUACCAGCCAUCCGUUUACCUCCAGCAGGUGUCACUUAUAAGCGCAGAUCCUCGCUAUGCCUGAUGAUGCAUUUGUAGAGAUACA